AUGUCCACGCAAAAGUUUGCAAAAGAUCAGCCUACAGGCUUUUCUAACCGCAUCGAAAGAGUUGCUAUAGUCGGAGCUGGCGGCCGACAAGGCGCCCAGAUAGCCGAGCAACUCCUCAAGACUGGAAAACAUACUGUCACUGCCCUGACUCGCAUCGGCAGCACUUCCAAACUUUCCGAAAACGUCAAGGCUAUCGCUGUUAAUUAUGAAAACGAGGAGUCUAUCGCAUUGGCACUCAAUAAUCAGCAGCUUCUCGUCAUUACCCUCGCCGUCAAUGUCGACCCAGAAGUCCACCAUCGCAUUGUUCGCGCAGCUGGAAAAGCAGGGAUCCGUUACAUUAUUCCCAACAUCUAUGCUGCAAACGUGGUCAUCGAGAAUCAAGGAUCUGUCGAUGAUUUCUUCCCCGCUGCGCCGCCAAUCAACCUCCUCAAGGAAAUCGAGCGGGUUGGCGUCAGCUCUUGGAUACUUCUCGUCGGGGGCGUUUGGUUCGAUUACAGCCUUCCUUCCGGAGAGUCCUUCAUGGGCUUUGACAUCGAUAACCGUAAAGUUACGUUGUUUGAUGACGGCGAGGCAAAGAUCAACACUAGCACUUUGGCUCAGUUCGGCCGUGCCGCUGCUGCCAUUGCAAGUCUGAAAGAGUUCCCGGGCAAUAAUGACGAUAAAUCCCCAAGCAUUGCGAACUUCAAAAACAGUCCUGUCUAUCUUUCAAGCUUUUAUGUUAGCCAGAAAGAUAUUUUGAGAAGCAUCCAGCGGGUCACGAGCACGACAGACGCCGACUGGGAGAUAAAGUAUGAGAGCAGCGCUGAUCGAAUUGAGAAUGGCAAGGCCACGGGCAGGUCUGGUAACAUAAUGGGGUUUGUGCAGGCUUAUUAUUCGUUCAUUUUCUCACCAGAGGGUCAAAAGCUGAGGACCCAAGACAAGCUUCACAAUGAGCUGCUGGGUCUGCCGGAGGAGGACUUGGAUGUAGUGGUCAAGGAUUGUGUUGAAAGGGCCGAGAAUAAGUUCCGACCACUAUGUGAGCGCACAGCCUGUUAUGAUGACUGGCUACCAAUCACUUGCGCCAAACGACUUUGUCAGCAGGCUGGAACGCCAGUUUCGAAAGCCACAGAUCAACUCAACCUUGGAUCUUCAAACUUCUUUGACACCAUGUCGUUCGGCUUCGGCGUUGGCGAUUUUAUUGCCGUGGGGGAGCUAUGCUGGAAGAUCUACACUCGAGUAUACAAAGUGUCUCGCGACGCACCAGAGGAGCUCCGGGCUUUGAUCCAAGAACUGGGCAAUCUAUCAAAUACAGUGAACUUACUCAAUGAAGAAGUACGAGAUCAGGAAGAGUGGAUAAAACAGGCGGGAGAGAGACGACUGGAAUACACAUGCAGAGUCAUGAGUCAGGCCAAAGAGACGCUGCAGAAAAUGGAUCGACUUGCGGAUAAAUAUGCCGAACUCGACCCAGGAGUGAAUUCACAAGGUUCAAAACGUUCGCUUCGUAUUCAAUGGAACCGAAUCAAGUACGCUUUCGAAGUGUCCAGCAUCAACGAGCUUCGUGCGAAGCUGGACGAGCUUCGGACCCUCAUGAUAGGCCACCGCAUUUCGCCUGAAGGCCCUCUUCUAAACGCUCCGUUGGAUGAGGAAGAUCGAGCAGAGCUCAGUGCAGCAUUCUUGAGAAGUGCAGAGAAUGGUAAUAGGCCUUGGGCCUCGAUUGCGAUCGACGAGUGGCUGCAAGCAGGCAAAUGGUGGUUGUUGAAGGUCCGGUCACAAAUGAAUCAUCUAGUUGAAGGGACUGAGAUUAAAGUUAAUGCUUAUAUCAACCUACUUAAGGCAUGCUGGAUACUGGCUGAUAUCGUCUCAAUCCACCCACAACGUGUCCAUUUAGGUGCGUCUAGCGACAGACGAAACGAAGACAUCCGAAAUCUCAGUCAGAUCGCGAAACGAAGCUUGGAAAACUUUCCUGUUUUCGAAUUUCAGCUCCGCGAUGUUAAGGACAAUACUAUAAGCAUAUGGCCCCAAUUGCCACCUUUAGGAACGAUUGCGCCUCGUCGGCAAUUCGGCAUCAAUCGAGAUAAUCUUGGCUUGCAGACUACGCAUGGAGAGGUUUUAUUUCAGUGUUUCGCAGAGAUCCACCGCACGACUAAGGGAACUGUGGACACUGAGAUUAUUUCUGAAGAGUGGUUUCUUAUAUUGGAAGUGCCGCAACAGGGCAUUUACUUAAAUGUUAUGCUGAAAAACUUUGUCGCGCACGACAUAUGUAAGAUGAAGCGUAAGUAG